ACCCUAUUUGUUGAGUUUCUUCUAUUUGCGUCUCCUUCAUCAAACGUGAGGCUCCACUUAAAAAAAUUGUUUCUUCUUCUCAAACAGUCAGACUCACGCUUCUUCUUCUUCUUCUCAACCCUAACACCACACGACACUGCCGCGCCCCGCCACUACCAGUCACCACCAUUCCAAAGGGGAAAAAGGAAAAUAUAAAAUUUAAGCUGCCGGAUCUGAACUUGUGGUGUGGCGCUGGUGAAACUUUCUCUUCCUUCCUUCAACUUGCAACAAUGGCGGCAAAAUCAAAAUCCGACAAACCCUUGACAAAUACAGAAGACAUCAACCUUCUCAAAUCCGAAGUAGCUUCUUUCGCUUCUUCACUCGGCUUAUCCACUUCCCAAACCAAUUCUUCAGGUUUCAACGAUGUCGAUUUUCGCAAAACCAAACCAAAGAAACAACAACCACAGCAACAAAAAACACCUGAAAAAGUCACACCCCAAAAUAACCAAAAGCCAAAUAACAAAACUUUUGGCAAAAGCAAUCAACCCCAUGAAAAUUCGAAAUUGAAAAAACCAGAACCUAAACCGAAACCCCCUGUUUUGUCAUUGAACAACGAUGCUAAUAAGGAAAAAGGGUACUACAACAAGUUCAAGAAUCUUCCAAAGCUUCCAUUGAUGAAAGCAAGUGAAUUGGGUGUUUGGUUUGAGGAUGCAGGUGAGCUUGAAGGUAAGGUGAUUGGGGAAGGGAAGAAAGUGGACGUGAAAAAUUUGGGUGAGUGGAAAGGUUUUGUUGAGAAGAAGAGGGUAUUGGGUGAGAGAUUGAUGGCACAAUUUGCUCAGGAUUAUGAAUCGACUAGGGGACGUAGUAGUGAUAUUAAGAUGUUGAUUUCUACUCAGAGGUCUGGUACUGCUGCUGAUAAAGUUUCUGCCUUUUCUGUCUUGGUUGGUGAUAAUCCUGUUGCAAAUUUGAGGUCUCUUGAUGCUCUUUUAGGAAUGGUGACAUCCAAGGUCGGAAAGCGCCAUGCCUUGUCAGGCUUUGAAGCACUUCAAGAAUUAUUUAUUGCAAGCUUAUUACCAGAUCGUAAAUUGAAGACCCUGAUACAGCGGCCAUUAAAUCACAUUCCUGAAACUAAAGAUGGCCAUUCCCUUCUACUUUUCUGGUAUUGGGAGGAAUGUUUGAAGCAGAGAUAUGAACGGUUUGUCGUUGCACUUGAAGAAGCCUCCCGAGACAUGCUACCUGCUCUGAAAAACAAGUCAUUAAAGACCAUAUAUGUUCUACUAAGUAGGAAGUCGGAGCAAGAGCGCAGACUGCUUUCUGCACUUGUUAAUAAACUUGGGGAUCCAGAUAAUAAAGCAGCAUCUAAUGCCGACUAUCACUUGUCCAACCUUUUGUCUCAGCACCCAAAUAUGAAGGCUGUGGUUGUUAAUGAGGUGGAUUCUUUUCUCUUUCGGCCUCAUUUAGGACCACGUGGACAAUACCAUGCUGUUAACUUCCUGAGCCAACUUCGUCUCACCAAUAAAGGAGAUGGACCAAAAGUAGCGAAACGUCUAAUUGAUGUAUAUUUUGCACUGUUUAAGGUUUUGAUCACUGGCCCAAGCAACAAUCAAACGGUCGAUAAAAGCGGUAAGGAGAAUGCAAAAGAAAAAAAAACCGAAGAGUUCUCAGAAUUGCAUGCGGAAAUGGACUCCAGGCUUCUAUCAGCUCUCUUAACGGGAGUGAAUAGAGCAUUUCCUUUUGUCUCGAGUGAUGAAGCCGAUGACAUCGUUGAUGUUCAAACACCAGUACUUUUCCAAUUGGUUCAUUCAAAAAAUUUUAAUGUAGGGGUUCAAGCUCUGAUGCUUCUUGAUAAAAUUUCAUCCAAGAAUCAGAUAGCCAGUGAUCGAUUUUACCGUGCUUUGUACUCCAAACUCCUGCUUCCAGCUGCCAUGAAUACGUCCAAGGCAGAAAUGUUUAUUGCACUUAUUCUAAGAGCAAUGAAAAGGGAUGUUAAUUUAAAGCGAGUAGCUGCAUUUUCUAAACGUCUACUGCAGAUUGCACUUCAGCAGCCACCACAAUAUGCCUGUGCAUGCCUUUUCCUUCUUUCCGAACUAUUUAAAGCCAGACCACCUUUAUGGAACACGGCAUUGCAGAAUGAGUCUAUUGACGAUGAGCUUGAACACUUUGAAGAUGUUGUAGAAGAAACUGAUGAGAAACCUGUAGCUGUAUCAAAUAAACCAAGUGAUGAUAUUCUACCUGUUCAGAAUGGUGACACUGCCAAUUCUGACACAGAUUCUUCCGAAGGUGAAGAUGAUCAGCUAGCAUCUUCUGAAGACGACGACGACGAUUUAGAUGAUGCUUUGGAGGAUGGAAAUUUUUCACUUGCAAAGAGUAAAAUGAAACAUAAAAAAUCAAAGUCUGAAUCAGACGAUGAAGAUAAAAAAACACAGGAAUCUACCAAGAAGCCUGUGUUGCCAGGAGGCUAUGAUCCACGACACAGAGAGCCCUCUUAUUGCAAUGCAGACCGUGUAAGUUGGUGGGAGUUAUUGGUGCUUGCUUCACAUGCACACCCUUCAGUUGCCACCAUGGCAAGAACUCUUCUUUCUGGUGCCAACAUUGUCUACAAUGGAAACCCUUUAAACGACCUCUCUUUAACAGCUUUCCUAGAUAAAUUCAUGGAGAAAAAACCAAAACAAACCACUUGGCAUGGUGGUUCUCAGAUUGAACCAAUCAAGCAGAUGGAUCUUAACAACCUCUUGGUUGGGCCAGAGAUUCUUUCACUAGCUGAAGUAGAUGUACCGCCAGAGGAUCUUGUUUUCCAUAAAUUUUAUACAAUCAAAAAGAGUUCUUCAAAACCAAAGAAAAAGAAGAAGAAAUCUACUGAUGAAGAGGAUGCUGCAGAUUAUUUUGAUGCUGAUGGCGAUGAUGACAUUGAUGGUGGUGAUGAAAGUGAUAAUGAAGAGAUUGAGGAUCUCUUGGAUUCUGCUGAUCCCACUUUGGGACCAGACGGUGACUAUGAUUAUGAUGAUUUGGAUAAUGUAGCCAAUGAGGAUGAGGAUGACUUGAUUGGUGAUGUUAGUGAUGGAGAGAUAGAUAUUGGAGAUGUUAGUGAUGCAGAGAUAGAUAUACCCUCAGAUAUGGAAGAGGAUGAUGCUGAUAAUACUCCAUUUGCUGCCGUUGAUGAUGACAAUGAUCUUGACAUAGGUGAUAUUGAUGAUGUUGAGGAUAAUGUUAACAAAAGAAAAAGAAAACGUAAAAUUGGUGGCAAAAGUGGUGCAUCUCCAUUUGCAAGUUAUGAAGAGUUUGAACAUAUACUGGAUGGUGAUGAUGCUGAGAAAAAACCUUCUCAGAAGAAAAACAAAUCCAAGAAAAGAAAAAAGAAGUCUGGUCAAUGAAGUAUCUCCAAGUAACUUGUAUUAUUUAUGGUCUUCACAAGUUUUGUUUGUGGUUGUUGAUGACCAUGCAUUCUUAAAAUGCUUCUUUCUACAAAUAUUCGAACUCAAAUGACACUUAUAGAGAAAUUUACAUUUACCUCCCUCUAAAGGUAUUUGUGGGUCUUGAAUCCGGAACUUCUAGGUCUAAGACGAAACCCUUGAAGUUAAAAGAGAAUCACUUUCAUGUCUCUUGUAUUUUUCAUUUCAAAUAACAAUUAUUGAUUUAAAAUAAUCACAGAAUAUUUUUAA